GUUUGGAUCAGGUUUGUUCAUCGGCCAGCUAGCUAUACCUGCAGGUAGCUCGAUCCAAAUUAACCAAAAAAACAAAAGAGGUUACCUUAAAUAGCCUAAUUGCGCAAUUAGCCACCACUAAUCACGCAGCGAAACACGGUCCCCUCCUCUCUUCUCCUCCACUCACCAAGUCACCAUCGCACCGACCUCGCCGGCCGCGGCGGCCGCGGCGGCGGCGGAGGCGGAGGCGGAGGCGGAGCCAGCAAUGACGGCGUCUUCCUCCACCACCAACUCCUCCUCCUCCGUCUCCACCGCCGACACCUCCUCCUCCAACCCACCGCCGCAACACGCGCUCCACCGCCAACACAUCGCCAGCAGCAGCGCUAGCAGCGGAGGCGGAGGCGCCGCGGCGCCGCUUCCGCCGCGCGCGCCCCCGCGCGUAGGCGGCGGCGGCGGCGGCGGCGUAGGGCAGAGCCAGGCGUGCGCCGCGUGCAAGUACCAGCGGCGCAAGUGCAACGCGGACUGCCCGCUCGCGCGCUACUUCCCCGCCGACGAGCAGCGGCGAUUCCUCAACGCGCACCACCUGUUCGGCGUCAGCAAGAUCCAGAAGACGCUGCGGGACACGCCGCCGGAGCUCCACGCCGACGCCAUGCAGGCGCUCACGUUCGAGGCCAACGCGCGCGCCAGCGACCCCGUCGGCGGCGCGGCGCGCGUCGUCGUCGAGCUCUGCCGCCAGUACGAGAUGCUGCACGCCGAGCUCGCCGCCGUCCAGCACCACCUCAAGCUCUGCCGCCAGCAGCACGCCGCUGCGGCGGCGGCGGCAGCCAACGAUCCACUCGUCGCGAACGUCGACCCGCUCGCUGACCCGGCAGCGGAAAUGCUCUUCGCCGGCGCCGUCGUCCCUAACCAGAACGACGACGCCAUGGUCGACGCGUUCUACGCCGACCAACAAACCGCCGGCGACGGCGACCAAGAGCAAUACCUCGUCAAGGACGAGGCACUAGCUGCGCAACCGCCGCCGCAACAACCCUACGAGUACUUGAACUACGGGACGGCCGGCGACGAGGGCAGCAGCCACGCCUGGUACACCGGCAACGGCGGCGACGCCGACGCCUCGCCGCCGAUGGGUUUGAGCGAUCAGCUCCAGCAGUGCCAGAUCGGGGCCGCGCCGCCGUUCGAUGUGAAGCCUGAGCUGCCGGCGACGAUGGAACACGGCGGUAGCGUGUUCGUCGAACAGCCGGAGCAGAAGAUUCUGCCGGCGGCAGGGUCGUCGUCGUCGGCGGCGGCGCAUUGCCAGCUGGAGCUUGGGUGCUCUUCUAAUGCUUGGAAAGUUGGAACACACGUUAUUAAUUAAUUAAUUAAUUAGUUUCUCGAUUUGAUUGAUUCGGAUAUGAUGAAAUGCUUGUUGCAUUUCAAAUUUUGGCUUGUUGAGUUAGGAGUUAAUUACAAAAAUAAUCACUAGACUAGCUUAUAAAUAGUCAAGUUUUAAUUAAUAGUAGAUGAUGUAUCUAUGAAUGAGAGUGCAAAUAAAAGGCUCUGUCUAUUAAUGAGGUUAAUGAAAUUUUCUACCUCCACCAAGGAACAGAGGAAAU